CUUCACAAAUAAGUGAACGAGACCACUUCUUUGGCAACAAUUUUUAUAGAUUAGUGGUUCAGUUAUAAAUAAAAUGAAGUUGGAGGUAGUAACGUGUAAAAGAGGAAUUACAUUUUCCCUUUGGCUUCCUUGCCAAUUCAAGCAUUUCUUGGCUCCUCCAAAUUACUUGCGGUGUAUGCUAAGCUCCUGCCAUUGAAUCUUCGAAUCGUCAUCAUCACAACCUGCUGAUUCUCCACAAACAGUAUCAAUCCAUUCUUCAAUCAAUCCGUAUUGUGUUGUAAUACUUGGAAUUCAACUUUCGUCACCAGCGGUGUUAACCAUCAAGUAUUGAGCGAGCGAGAAAUCGUCGUUGAAGAUGUCGUUGAGGAUAAAAACGGUGGUGGACAAAUUCGUAGAGGAACUGAAGCAAGCUUUGGAUGCAGACAUACAAGACAGAAUCAUGAAGGAGAGAGAGAUGCAGAGUUACAUUGAGGAGCGUGAGCGGGAGGUCGCCGAACGUGAAGCAGCCUGGAAAGCGGAACUCUCUCGUCGCGAGGCAGAAAUUGCUAGACAAGAAGCGAGAUUGAAGAUGGAAAGAGAGAACCUAGAGAAAGAGAAGAGUGUGUUGAUGGGAACAGCAUCCAAUCAAGAUAAUCAAGAUGGGGCCCUUGAAAUUACUGUAAGUGGUGAGAAAUACCGAUGCCUAAGGUUCUCAAAGGCCAAAAAGUGACAUCAUUUUUUAUAUAUCUUUUUAGGGUCAUUGGUUAUGUAUAUGUAGUACAAUUUGAUUAUUUGACCAUACUUGUCGUGUUUUAUCAAAUCUAAUAUGCUAACUUGGCUCACUCUAAUGUGCAAAAAAAGUUUGGGAACUUUGGAAAAUGAACAAGAUGUAAGCAAAGUUAUCACAUAGUUUCCAGAAAAACAAUUCUAUCGAUGUUAUUCGUUUUCACUAUGUUUUGUAUUGAUUAAAAGGGUGUUUGGGAAUGUUUACUUAGAGGGGUUAUUAGCUUAUUACUGUUUGAUAAUGCCAGUAAGCUAAUUUUAGUGUUUGGGUUGUAUAAAUUAG